AUGCAGAUAACUAAAGGGGGUUUAGAGAUUUCAGAUGAAAUAUUGGGAACAAUUGCUCCAAUUGUUGUUUACUGGGUAUACUCAGGGAUGUAUGUGAUGCUUGGUGCAUUGGAGAAUUACAGGCUGCAUAGUAAGAAAGAUGAAGAUGAGAAGAAUUUGGUGUCAAAAAAGGAUGUAGUUAAAGGAGUCCUCCUACAACAGGCGGUUCAGGCCAUCGUUGCCACCCUCCUCUUCGCUGUUACAGGAAAUGACAGCGAAGCUGCACAAGCUCAACCAGCUUCUCUUAUUGUUCUCCUUAGACAAAUUAUAGUUGCAAUGUUGAUUUUAGACACAUGGCAAUAUUUCAUGCACCGAUAUAUGCAUGCAAACAAAUUUCUGUACCGCCAUAUCCAUUCUCGACACCACAGGCUAGUCGUACCUUAUGCUUUCGGAGCAUUGUACAACCACCCGUUAGAGGGGCUACUACUUGACACCAUUGGUGGAGCUCUAUCCUUUCUCCUCUCCGGCAUGUCUCCUCGAGCUUCUAUCUUCUUUUUCUCCUUUGCUACUAUCAAAACAGUCGAUGACCACUGCGGACUGUGGCUACCCGGGAAUCUAUUCCACUUUUUCUUCCAAAACAACUCUGCAUAUCAUGAUAUUCAUCAUCAACUCUAUGGGAACAAAUAUAAUUAUUCACAGCCUUUCUUUGUGACAUGGGAUAGAAUUCUUGGUACUUAUAUGCCGUAUUCGCUUGAGAAGAGAACUGGUGGAGGUUUUGAAGCUCGGCCUACUAAAGAUUGCAAGGAGAACUGA